AUGAGGAUACUAUCAAUAUUCUUCUCUCUGAUUUUGCUCUCGUACAGCAAAGUGCUAGGCUCACGUCGUCAUCGACAACCUGCCACAGAAGGUGAAAUUCAUGCUCUAUUGGUGGCUGGUUCGAAUGGCUGGUAUAAUUAUCGUCAUCAGGCGGACGUUGGUCAUGCAUACCAUACCCUGAAGCGCCACGGCCUUGCUGAUGAAAACAUUAUAGUAAUGAUGUAUGACGACAUCGCCCACAACAAACAGAAUCCGUAUCCUGGCAAAAUGUACAACAGACCACACGGAGACGAUAUCUACAAAGGACUGAAAAUUGAUUACAAAGUAACGACAUUCCAAAUAAGUUUCUUUCUCUGUAAAUAG